AUGUAAUAAUCCUAUGAUUCCUCUGUAAGGUACCCAGAGAAAAAGAAACCUAAAAUACCCAUCCAGUCUUAAGGUGCCGAAAAGUAUCAAGAAUUAAGCGAAAUCUAAGAACAAAUUCAGAGUAUGACAGUUGUUCCAGAUUUUGGCUAUGAUAAAAAUUAAAUUGAGUUUAAAGACAUAAGUGGCUGGAAACUGUUUUACGAUUUUGUAUAGAGAGAACCUAAAUUCCAAAAAUUGUAAAAAUACAUCAAAGAAAGAAAUCAAGAGAUACGAGAAAAGCAAAAAUUGCAAAAGAAAAAGAAAACAAAGAAAUAGAAUCAAGAUGAUAUAGAUAUUAUUGACAAAGAUCAUUUGGUCAAAUCAAAAGUGUCCAAAGACUUAGAACAGCUUAUAAGCAUCCACAAGAGUGAGAAUGACUUUCUCAGAUCUAUGAAAACUAUAAGCCGAUUUAAAACAUCAACUAAUAAUUCACUUAGUAAACCUCCUCGAUUACCUGAAAAAAGUCACGAAAGAUAUAACUCUACAAAGGAAAACCCUUUACUAGGAAUCACUAUGAAUGGCCUGGAUACUAAUCAAAGAGCAUCUUAAACUGAGGAUUAUAGGAAAUUAUCAGAAUAGGAAAAGGAGCUUAUUAAAAUAUUGAGACCUUAUGAAAAAGAUCUUGUUUAUAAACUUCAAGAACUUAUUACCAAGCCCUUUAAUAUAUUAGAGAAGAUCAGUGAGGAUAUGGUCGAUUAUGAACCUUUAAAACCACUGAUUGUUGAGUUUAAUCAUGUUAAGGUAUUACUUUAAGAACUUCGUGUGAAGUAUUUAAUGACUAAAAAUAGUAAAAAGAAUUCUCUUGAUAUGAAUAGCUCUCAGAUAAGACUUAAUGUAAAUAAUAAUGAUAGAGGAUCUUAACUUAAAUUUGAAAGGCUUAAGUUACCUCAGAUAUCAACAGCAGAUUAAUCUUUUGAUAAUCAAAGAGAACUUACUAGCACUACCAGGCAGGGUAGAGAAAAAGCUUAUACUACUAGGGUAGAAAAUAGUCUUAAUAGUAAUAAUACUUAGUCUACUAACAUCUCAACUGUUAAUAUCAUGAACAAAGUCGGAGUUAAGGCUCCUUUAUAAAAUGCAAUCUAAAUUUACUAAAUGAACACAUCUUAAAAGAAACUACUAAAUUCCCCUAAAAGGAAAAGAGAAGGAGAAUAGACAAAAAUGAAAAUACCCGCAGGCUCCAAAGUGUUAUAUAUGGUGGGAAUUAAAAAAUUGCAGGAUAGCAUCAGCAAUAAAUUAAUCCUCGAUAGCAUUAAUAAAUUAAGAAACUAUGAUUUUCCAUGUGAUAGAUAUUGA